UCUCAAAGCUUUUAAGCUACUAAUCUCGAUCCAAAAAUGGCGAUUGAUAUUAAGAUUGAGAUUGAGAAGAAGCCCUCCGUCCGCCUCUCGAAAGUCGCCGUGUCGGAAACUCACGGCGAAGAUUCGCCGUAUUUCGCCGGCUGGAAAGCCUACGACGAAAACCCUUAUCAUGAGACAUGCAACCCCUCCGGCGUCAUUCAAAUGGGCUUAGCUGAAAAUCAGGUUUCAUUUGAUAUGCUAGAACAAUAUUUGGACCAAAAUUCAAACAAUGGGAUCAGCAGCUCUGGCUUUAGAGAAAACGCACUGUUUCAAGAUUACCACGGCCUGCUUUGUUUCAGAAAGGCAAUGGCGAGUUUCAUGGAACAAAUCAGAGGCGGUAGGGCGAAAUUCAACCCUGAGAGAGUCGUGAUCACCGCCGGCGCCACCGCGGCCAACGAGCUCCUCACCUUCAUCAUCGCCAACCCCGGCGACGCCUUGCUCGUCCCCACCCCUUACUAUCCAGGGUUUGACAGAGACUUGAGAUGGCGCACCGGCGUGAAGAUCGUCCCCGUCCACUGCGACAGCUCGAACAACUUCGAGAUCACGCCGGCGGCCCUCGACGCCGCAUACGAGGAGGCCGAAGCCAACAACAUAUCCGUGAGAGGCCUUCUGAUCACCAAUCCAUCAAACCCCCUCGGCGCGACCAUCAAGCACGCCGCGCUCGAGCAGAUCCUCGAUUUCGCAGUGCGCAGGAACAUCCACCUCGUCUCCGACGAGAUCUACUCCGGCUCCGCCUUCUCCCCCGACGAAUUCGUCAGCGUCGCCGAAGUUCUCGAAUCCCGGGGCUACCGCGAUUCUGAGAGAGUCCACAUUGUGUACAGCCUCUCCAAGGACCUAGGGCUCCCCGGAUUUAGGGUUGGAACGAUCUAUUCCUACAACGACGACGUUUUGACAACGGCGCGGAGGAUGUCGAGCUUCACGCUGAUCUCGUCGCAGACGCAGCAGCUCCUUGCUACCAUGCUCUCCGACGUGGACUUCACUCAAAAUUACAUUAAAACGAAUCGGCAGAGGCUGAACAAGAGGUAUGAUAUGAUCAUCGAUGGACUCGGGGAAAUCGGGAUCGAGUGCUUGAAUGGGAAUGCGGGGCUGUUUUGCUGGAUGAAUUUGAGCUCGUUGUUGAAGGAGACGAGUAAAGAGGAGGAGUUGGAGCUGUGGAAGCUGAUAUUGAAUGAGGUGAAGCUUAAUAUAUCGCCCGGAUCGUCUUGCCAUUGCUCGGAUCCCGGGUGGUUUCGUGUUUGCUUUGCGAAUAUGAGCGAGCAGACGCUGCAGAUUGCGCUCACGAGAUUGGGAGAGUUCAUGAAGAGGAGAAGACCUUAG